UUAGACAUUUGAUUUGAGUAAAUUUAGGUUAUGAUAAAAUGUAAUUUAAAAGUUAUUUCUUAUAUUUGAAAUAUGAUCUUUGUUAUGCUUAUUUAAUCUACUAGUUUACUGUAUGUACUCCUACAGUUUAUUAUUUGGAAUUAUUAUAUAACAAAUUUAUAAGGAACACUGAAAAUGAUACCAGUAAGAAUCAUUCAGCCCAUUGUGGAAAAUUACCGGCCGAUAUUGAGAUAUAGUCCUAUUCUAUGUAACCAGUUUCUAAAACGUUACAAAAGUACUAAAGAAAGUGGACUUACGAGCUCCGCAAGAGCUGAAGUAGAUACAAAUGUCAAACCUAUUGGCGAGAAAGUCAAGGAAACUACAAAGACUGUUUCAUACCUAGGAGUUAUAUUAAUAGGGGUAGGUGUAACAGGAACUCUUUUCUAUGCUGUAUUUAGUGAGCUUUUUUCGAGUAAAAGUCCAAAUACCGUUUAUACGAAAGCAGUGAAAAGGUGUAUAGCUGAUCCCAGGGUGGAAGAUAAACUAGGUAGACCUAUCACGGCUUAUGGGGAAGAAACCAGGAGGGGUAGAAGACAGCAUGUUUCUCAUGUGGAGUAUAUGGGGAAGGACGGAAGGCGUCACCUUAGAAUGAAAUUCCACCUGAAGGGGUCUUUUCAUACUGGAACUGUUCAGUUAGAUGUGGUUGAGAACGACGCUGGAGAUUAUGAAUAUAGGUACCUUUUUGUGGAGGUGGACGAUAUGCUUAGAAAUACGAUAGUGAUCGAAGACAAUAGGAGCAAAACUGUACCGUCUACUGACUUUUCUUCCUUGGAAUAUAAAUUUUAGUAAUGAAAAUUAAACUAUUAGGUAUU